UUCCACCGUGUAAACAACACAGACCUCCAACACUCUGUGCCGUUAUAUACAGACGCGUUGCUCGACUGUUGCACCAGGUUGAGGGGAAACUCUCUGAUCGGAUGGCGUAAGAAAAAUAGAAAGGAAAUAGGUUCCCAAAUGAGACAUGUUGACUUUCGUUUCCCUUUCUGAAAAAAUGGAUAGGUUUCUAUUCAGGGUCACGUGACCCAGAGGCGCACGCUGACAACCGGAUAUGGACACGGCCAGAGACACAUGGAGGAGUGUCUAGAAAGUAUUAAAAGUCAAAGUCUGCUCUAGAUCGCUCCAAUGGCGGUCGUUUGUUUUCCCUGCGCGCAACAAUCGAUGCGGCCGCGUUACAGCGGAGCUACAAGGACACAAUCCAAACACAGCAGAGGAGACAUCACCUCACUCGGAUCAGGUUGUCACCUUAAAACGGAGGGAUACAAAUAUCAGAGCAAGGAGUCCAGAUCCUGUAACGAGGUUGCACUGUGAUGGGAGGGAUUCAUGGAUAACACGAGAGUACUACAGGGUGCAUCCAGCACAAAGGCAGCACGGACACUUGUGCUUAAACUUAUCUUGCAGCGUUGAGAUGUUCACCCAUUAAAUCCAAAGGGAGGGCCACAGUGGAGUCAAAGGUUAUUUCCCACCAUGUAUGUGUUCAGCAGAUAUCCCAGUGAUUUAUGGAUUGGUGCGUUAAAGUCAAUGGCAUCUGUGUUCAAUGUGGGUUUAGCUUCAAAUGCGAAACAAAGUAAUCUGCACUACGAUAUAGUGAACACUCCAUAUUUAAAUAGAAACAGGAAGUGUGGGAAUAGUUCCAAAACGCAUGCCGUUAUAAAAGUUGCACAGAAAACAUCACUGGGACCAUCUGAUAACACGAUGAUGAUACGUGGGUAACUGAGGCUUUUAAUACAUUGAUCGUUGGAGUUAUUAGACUAAAAAACAACGGAUACUCUCUAUUAAUCGCUUCUUUUUUUUUUUAAAGGUGUAAGAAUAGUUGGUUUAGUGCGAUCCAGAGCUGAGCAUGAAUCUCUGACGUCCUGAUUUGUGUUUUGAGGAAACGUUCAGCUGUGUUUUACAACGAGUUCCAGGAGCUCGACGUGUUUAACCGUCUGUUCGGGUAAAGGCUCCGGGGAGAGGACACGAUGAGCGGCUGAGCCUCGUCCCUCCACCCGCAGCUAACGGUAGCCGAGCAGCUAGCUCCGCACUGGCGCUGCACCAUUUCCAACUGCAGCGCAGCCACAGCGAUAGCACACACAUAAACACACACUGCCCCGCACGCACACACCUCCACAGGCCGCGUACAGAGAAGACACAGGCUCAAUACCUUACCUUCACUUGCAGGUUUCCCUCUUCAUUGGCUCUGGGUGGUGGAAAAUGUGAGUGUGUGUUCGUGUGAGUGUUUUUUAAACGCGGUGAUAGAGGAACAAUCAGGCAGCGUUGCGAGGAGAUGUGACGUAGAAAGCCGGCGACCGACACAAACAGAAACAUGGCGCUUGCGAUUGACGUCACCCCAGCGGCAAGCUUCGACUCAAAGACCACCGAUUGCUUGCAACUCUAAUCAUAUUACCUGGAUGGAGUCACUACAGAUACAAAGCCCCUCUUGAAAUCAUGACGAUGAACUCAUAAAGAACAGCGGAUAAGUCCAGGAUGAAAUGAUAAAGGUGACUGACACGUGAUGACAGAUUGCAGGAACGGAGGAGCAGAGCAGCAUGAAGGUUGUGUUUGAGCUGUGGGUCGAGGUUUGCCUGGUUUUCAAGCUGAUUCUCUGACACAGUAUCUAGCUCCUCCGAGGAACAUUUGUUUCACUGCGUUUCUCACCCACCCCGUCUCUCCUCCUGCUCCCUCUCCCUUUCUCCUCAUCUCUCCGCUCUGCCACUCCUGGAAUCACACUCUCUGCACUUCUUCCCCCGAACCCCUCUUCUCUUAUCUCCAUCCCUCUCUCCCUCUCUCUCUCGUCUCUUCUCUCCUGUGUUUUCGUCUUCUCCCACUCUAUCGCUGUGAACACAGAUGCAUGCAGCAUGUGGCAGGCUGUGGCGCUGUGGCAGCUGAUGCUCGUGACUCUUCUUCGGGUAUCAGUGCAGGGUCCUCACCAGCGCUUUCUGCUCAGAGAGCUACUGAGGGACUACAACCCCAUGGAGAGGCCGGUGGCCAACGACUCGCAGGCCCUCACUGUUCAGUUCUCCUUUACUCUGAUGCAAGUCAUGGAUGUGGAUGAAAAGAACCAGAUCCUCACCACAAACGCUUGGCUGCAGAUGUGGUACGACCACUACCUCCAGUGGAACCAGUCAGAGUAUCCCGGGGUAAAGAACCUCCGUUUCACAUCCGAUCAGAUCUGGACACCUGACAUUCUGCUUUACAACAGUGCUCAUGAUAAGUUUGACGCCACCUUUAAAACCAACGUGCUGGUGAACUCCAGUGGCUUCUGUGAGUACCUGCCUCCAGGAAUAUUUAUCAGCACAUGCAAAGUGGACGUGAGAUGGUUUCCGUUUGACAUCCAGCGCUGUGAGCUGAAGUUUGGCUCCUGGACGUUUGACGGCUGGCUGCUGGACAUCCAGAUGAAGGAGGCAGAUGUUUCAGGAUACCAGCGCAACGGAGAGUGGGACCUAGUGGAGGUCCCAGGGGAUCGACAUGAGGUUUUCUAUGACUGCUGUGCAGAGCCCUACCCAGACGUGACCUUCGUGGUGACACUACGAAGGAGGACCUUGUUUUACGCUCUCAACCUCCUCCUCCCGUGUGUGCUCCUCUCCUCCAUGACCUUGGUCUCCUUCCUGCUGCCUGCAAACUCCGGGGAGAAGAUCAGCCUCGGAAUCACGGUCCUGCUCUCGCUGACUGUCUUCAUGCUGAUGGUUGCAGAGAUCAUGCCCGCCACCUCAGAUUCUGUUCCACUGAUAGGUCAGUACUUUGCCAGCACCAUGGUGAUUGUUGGGAUGUCUGUAGUAGCCACAGUCAUGGUCCUCCAGUUCCAUCACCACAGCCCAAACAGUGGACAAAUGCCGCGCUGGGUGCACUUGGUUCUGCUGCAGUGGGUUCCUUGGUUCCUGCGGAUGAAGCGUCCGGGCGAGGGAGUGGACCCCACUCUCCCCAGCAGCCAGGCAGACCAUCAGGGCAAGACCCUGUCCUCUCCUACCACCACCGCCACCACCACCACCAUCCCCACCCCAGUGCCCUCCAACCUCCCACAGACCCUCAACUCCCUGCAGGCCAGCCUCGCCCAGCUCACCCACCCUCUGUCACACCCACUACCCCACAGGCCCAACUCGCAGGUUCUCAUCCUCCCUUACCCCAACCACAGAGACACCAGCCCGAAUCCACAAGGCCAGCCUAACGGUCAUCUGCCAUACAUUGGGUUCCAGACCUUCCAGACCACUGUGGAAGUGGAGCCUGUUCAGUGGAGCAGAAGCGCCAUUCACGGGAGGGCUAACGGUGGACUGGGUGGACUGGGUGGACUAGGUGGAGGAGAUGGAGAGGGAGCAGCAGCAGCAGCAGCAGCAGGAGGAGAACCAGCUGGAGAUACACCAGUCAACUACCACCUUGCAUCCUCCCAGUUCCCUCCUCAGGAAACUGCGUUGUCAACAGAGCCCGACCCUUCAACAACAUCUCCUGGACCUUGCGGUUCAGAGGCUGUGGCUGGAGCAGGGAGAUCGGAGGCCAUGAACACCCACGGCAGCCUGGUCCAGUCAGCAGCCGUGGACAACCAGAUGCAGGCUCUCCUGGUGGAGGUGCAGUUCCUGGUGGAACGUGUCCGGGAGCAGGACCGGCAGCUGAGCUUGGCGGAGCAGUGGCAGUUUGCCGCCGCCGUCAUCGACCGCCUGUGCCUCGUUGGAUUCAGCGUUUUCAACAUCAUCUGUACCAUCGCGAUUCUCAUGGCUGCACCCAACUUUGGAGAAGCACUGUCAAAAGACUUCAUCUGAGAGGCAGAAGAGAACUGAGAGAGACGGGGACAAUAAAGGAAAAUACAGAUAUGGAUUUGUUGGAAGCACAAUAGCUGUCACUGGGACAUAAAACCGCAAAUAGUGCUCGAUCAGUGAGCUGGAACGGACUGUGGCACAUGAGGUUUCUUUUCUUCUGUUUCUAUCAUUGUGGAGUAUUUCCAUUUACUGUUAACAAAUGUCUUUCAUUUCAUUUUUCCUUGGAUGCCUCAUUGAUUUUUUAAAUCAUGGCCAAACAGACAGAAUCCUCAGCUAAAUCUUUGACUGAAUAAUAAAUAAAGAGAAUGAGGAUCCUAAAGGAAAGCAUGACUGUAUUCGAUUUCUAAAGAGAUGCACCAUGAAGCUGCUCAGCAGACACACUUUACUCUCAUGUGCUGCAUGUAAAAUGUUUUUUAAACUGCUUUUACACUCAACACUUUCCCGGUUUCAUUAAAACUGACUGGGCUUGCUGAUCUUGAAUUGAUUGUAAACGAGGGAGCUUUCUGACCACGACACAAAGCGAUUUCUCUGUGUUGUCCUGUUUGUCCUCAAGGAUUUGUGUUUUAAUUAAAUUUCAGUUUAAUUUGUUUUCUCAAUUGAACGCCCCCCAAUCAUCGUGAUCAGUAUUUUUCUACAUGUUUAGAAAUUCCAGAAAUUGAAAACCAAAAAAUGUAUCUUCAUGAAGCCUGAAAAUCAAUGUAAUUGAAUGAGAUCGUUUUCUGCAUUACCUGCAACAAUCAUGUUGACUUUAUUUUAUGCUGCAGGGCUUACUAUGUAACACACAAUUGAUCUAUCCCUAGAAAAGUAGCCUGCAUACAGCCGAGGGGAUCUUUAUUAUCAAUAGUUGGCCUUCUAUGAAACAACACUGUGUAAUUGCAAUAUCUGAAAAGAUAUUUCUGCGUUUCUGAAAAAUACUAGUGAGCAAACCAUAGCUAUAAGAAAUCCUUUCUUUCAAAGCUGCAGUUUGUAUUCAUAAUGCAUGGAUGAGGGUCAGGCUGCAGAGAAAAGAAAAUUAUCGCGGUUGUCAGUUUUACAAGAUUCCUUUUUCAAAUGGCUUUUUAUCUUACGAACACACACAUUCACUUUUCCAUACACACACUGUAUUCAGAGGAAUAUAAUCAGUGUGACCCCAGCUUUGAAUGAAAACCAUGGCAUCCAUUGUGCAGAGGUGUUAGACAGUUGAAGGCCAAAAAGUUGUCUCGGACCGGGUUGUAAAAAAUAUGGAAUAAACUGACCUUCUUUUUUUUUUUACUCUCUAGACGGAUUUUCUAUUCCCUGCGGGUCACCUCGGCCUCGAUCGAAGAUUUAGAAAAGGAGGCAGAUACAGAGGGCAGGAGGAGGAUAGAAAAACCAGCCAGGGAGAGGGAAAGAAAGAUGGAAGCAAU